AUGGCUUCAUCUCUUCAGCCGCCGUCGCGGCCGGCGCUGGUUGACCUGAGCCUCCUACCCGCCGGGAGCCUCCCGCCCCCCCCGGGCGGCGCCUCGUACGUGCCGACGUUCGUCGUGUUGGGCGUCAUCGCCGCGCUCGCCGCCGUCGCCUGCUUCGUCGGGCAGGUCUGGGCGCGGCGGUGCCUACGGCCGAAGACGAGAAGAGGCUACGACGCCGAGGAAGGAGGGUUAGGGACGAGCGUUCCGCCGGCGGGGAAGCCAGCGGAGAACGGCGGGGCGAAGCCGCCGCACGCUCGGUGA